AUGAAAACUUAGAUAAAGUGUAAAAAAGUCUUUCUAAAAUUAUUGGAGAAAAAGGUAUGUAUUUAUAUUUAAGUCAAGGUUUCAGAUUUAGAUUAAUAAAUUUCUGAAUAGAAGAAAACUACUCUUCAAUCCUUUGAAUAUUUAACUUAGAUUUUUACAAUCACAUCCCAUUUAAAUAGUAUGGUAAUAGGGAAUACGAUGGCAAUUGAUUAAAUAAUGGAAUACUCAUCAUCUGAUUAAAGACAAUUGAUUUUAGACUCAUAUAUUGUAAGUAUCCAAAUAAAUACAGAUGAGAUAUGGUAUAUUUGGAAUUAAGAGAAGAGAUUAAUUUAAAUAAGCAGUAAAAAAUAUAUUUAAAAAACUUUUUAAAGGGCAAUUAUGGUUUGCUACUUAUGAGUUGGAAUAAAAACAUAAAUAAUUGUAAUAGACAGUGACCUAUUUGUAGAUGAUCAUGAAUUUAAUAAUUAUGUGGAAAUACUAAAUGAAGAGGCAAAGUUAGAAGCUCCCAUUUCUUAGCACUAAGUAGAAUUUGCAUUGA